GCUCGCGGGCUGCGCGCAGAGCUCUCCGCGGCCCGCGCUCGCCGCGCCUGGGGACUUGGGCUGUGGGCGAGGCGGCCCGCCUGGCCUUUACCGCUCGCCCUGCCGGUGGUUUGAAACUUUAUCAGCGAGUCUCGCCACUCGCCGCAGACGCGAGCAGGGGGCGGGGGCGCGGCGAGGCGCCGGCGGCCGUGACGAGGCGCUCCCGGCUGAGCGCUUCUGCUGGGGGCACGCAUGGCGCCCGCACACGGAGUCUGACCUGAUGCGGACGCAAAGGGGUUAAUAUGAACGCCCCUCUCGGUGGAAUCUGGCUCUGGCUCCCUCUGCUCUUGGCCCGGCUCACCCCUGAGGUCAGCUCUUCAUGGUGGUACAUGAGAGCUACGGGAGGCUCCUCCAGGGUGAUGUGCGAUAACGUGCCAGGACUGGUGAGCCGCCAGCGGCAGCUGUGCCACCGCCACCCGGACGUGAUGCGUGCGGUUGGCCUGGGUGUGACCGAGUGGACGGCGGAGUGCCAGCACCAGUUCCGCCAGCACCGCUGGAACUGCAACACGCUCGACAGGGACCACAGCCUCUUCGGCCGGGUGCUGCUCCGGAGUAGUCGGGAAUCCGCCUUUGUUUACGCCAUCUCCUCAGCUGGAGUUGUGUUUGCCAUCACCAGGGCCUGUAGCCAAGGAGAACUAAAAUCCUGUUCCUGUGAUGCGAAGAAGAAGGGAACCGCCAAGGAUGGCAAGGGCACUUUCGACUGGGGUGGCUGCAGCGAUAACAUUGACUAUGGGAUCAAGUUUGCCCGAGCCUUUGUGGAUGCCAAGGAAAGGAAAGGAAAGGACGCCAGAGCACUGAUGAAUCUGCACAACAACAGAGCCGGCAGGAAGGCUGUGAAGAGGUUCUUGAAACAGGAGUGCAAGUGUCACGGUGUGAGCGGCUCAUGCACCCUGAGGACGUGCUGGCUGGCCAUGGCCGACUUCAGGAAAACAGGCGAUUAUCUCUGGAGGAAGUACAAUGGGGCCAUCCAGGUCGUCAUGAACCAGGAUGGCACUGGUUUCACUGUGGCCAACAAGAGGUUUAAGAAGCCAACAAAAAAUGAUCUCGUGUAUUUUGAGAAUUCUCCAGACUACUGUAUCAGGGACCGGGAUGCAGGCUCCCUGGGUACAGCAGGCCGCGUGUGCAACCUGACUUCCCGAGGCAUGGACAGCUGUGAAGUCAUGUGCUGUGGGAGAGGCUAUGACACCUCCCGCGUCACCCGGAUGACCAAGUGCGAGUGUAAGUUCCACUGGUGCUGCGCCGUGCGCUGCCAGGACUGCCUGGAGGCCCUGGACGUGCACACGUGCAAGGCCCCCAAGAGCGCCGACUGGGCGGCUCCCACAUGACCCUGCGGAGGUCGGCAAUCGUCCUCCCUCCUGUAAGGACUCCAUUGGAUCUGCAAGGACACCGGGCCUUUGGGCUCUCCCAAGGCAUGUGACCUUCAUCUCAACAGAAGCGCCCCCUCCCGUGGGGCCCCCGGACCAGCUCACAUGCAGCGCAUAAAGCAUGUCCUGCUUUAUCCGCCCUCCAGCACUCUGAGCACAUCUUCCCCAGGUCAUGAGGGGCUGUUAGAGGGGAGGAGGGGUGUGCCCAGACACCGUCUCUACCCACCUAGACAUUUCCUUUCUUUAGAGAAGCUGGCCAGAGGGGAAAAGAGUGUCUCAAAGGAGCUUCCUCCCAUUCUAACAAGAAAUGCUCAGAGUUAAAAAAAAAAAUUCCAUCCUUCUCUCUGGAUGGUAAAGAAAGCAGGAUAAACUGCCAUUGAAUUAACUUUAAUUCUUGAAAAGACCAAGCAAGGCUUUUGCCUGAUCAAGUGAUUUUUUUCACGACCGCCACCUCCAGGGGUAAUUGGUAAUUGCCUGGAGAAGGAUGGCUUUCAAUAAGCCUUAGAUUUAAAAUAUCUAUUUUUCAAGGCAUUUAUUGCCAUAUUAAAGUCCAAUGCGACAGGGUGGGACUGUUGCCCUUUGGUACAGUUUGGAAACUUUGCAAUAGCAAAAGCCUCCAAAAGUAAUUGCUUUGCAUUACUGUCCCCUAGGUAUAAAGAAGCUUUAGGGAAUGAGACUUCCUUCUCACUUAGGAUCUGAAGGGAAUUUUUAUAAACAUUGACGACCUGGCAGUAUUUGAUAACUACUUGGAUGAUGACAGAGGAAAAUAACUCAGUGAGUGAAAUAUCAGAAUGUGUGUCUGUACAGAUAAGGAAAAAAAGGGGGAAUAAAAUUCCUAUCUGGUAUGAUGCAUGUGACCCAUGGAAUUUUGUAACUGAAAUGGCUUUGAGAACAAAAACUUUUGGAAUGACAAGACCAGGGGACCGAAGUGCUGACAGAGAGGUUUCCUGAGCUAAGUCAUGCCUGGACAGCCUUUCCCGUAGCAGAUGCUGAAAAGCAGCAGGCUGGGUGUGCUGGGGAGCAUCAGCUCAUGCCCAGCACCCUUCAAGCACAUUUUAAAGACCUGGCAUAUUUAAUUGUGUUCAUCUGGUGCUUACAAGAUGACAAGUUACCAUAGCCUGAAGCAAAUGACACAUAGUCUUGCUUAUAAAGUUGGUAACCCUAGUAUAUUAUAUUGCAAACAAGUAGUAACUUGGAGACUAUAUUUAAGGGACCCAGCUGUCAUUAGGGGAACAUCAAUGUGCACAUUACAUUUGGCUUCUGCGAGCCAGAAGAUGACAUCCAGGGAAAAUGAAGAGGCUGCCUGUCCUAGUUUGUCUGUUAAAUGAAAGAAAGGUGAAAUAGAUGAAGCUGCUUUUCAGCCCCUUGUGCAAUUAGGUUCUUGUUAUAAAUGUGAUCUCUUCACAGAUUCACAUUCACUAACAGGGUGCUUCUUUACACCACUGGUGGGGUCAGAUUAUUGAUGCUGCCCAUUCAUUAAUACUUCAGCCUUUGGUCUCCCGGUCCUUCCUUCAGAGCAGGACAUUGAGGCUAAAGCUUACGGUGAAUAACCUGCUGGAGUGCUUUGUCAAAAUUGAGUUUUGCCUUUGUGUCCUGGUAAAAAUGACAGAAUUAAUUUCCUUUCCCUCACUCCCAAACCCCAAAAUUAGUUAUCUAACUUUUCCUCUUUUUGUUCUCUGGAGUCAGAGUCGGGAGCAGGGUAGCACGGUGGCGGCCGCUCUGAGCACAGAGUGGGCCUGCCUAUGGGAGUGGGGAGGCCAGGCAAGCAGGCUCAGCCUUAGGUACCCUGCACUUCACUCCAGGCACUCGCUGUCGGUGCCUCCCUGGGAGGACAAAGGGACAUUCAUGGGCAUCCCAAAGCCAUCAGCACUUGUUCCUGAGGAUGAACUGUGAAAUCAAAAAUCCAUGGAUAUGUUUAGAAGUGCAAAGCAUCUAUCUCAGCUCCCCUCAAUUUGUGUCUGUGGAAACUGAGAGCAAGAGAGGUGAAGGGAUCUGUACAAAUACCCACCAUCGCCUCAUGCUCCAUCACAAACAGGACCCCACUCGAGGAGUAUGCAAGGAAGUUAAGCACUUUAUCUAGUUUGUCUCAGAAUUAACUCAGUGGAUUCUAAAUCAUUUUAGCAUCCAAAGGAGAGGUUCGUUGUGUUGGUUUUUUUUUUUUCCUGGGGUGUUUAGAUCUGACUUUCUUUUUAUGCCGCAAUGCAUCCUUUCUGAUAAGGAACAAGCAGACAAGGCAUAGCCAUAUAGAAACCAACAUAAAUUGUCCUGAUCUCUAAGGGAGAUUAUGGCAGCCAUCUCACGGGGCAGUAAGUGCAGCCUUUGUGGAGGGCAUAAUAAAAGAGUGGAAUAUUUUUAUCUGCUUUUACUUGUGAAAGAGGAGAUUAUUUGAAAAAAAUUAAAAACAGAUAAAGAUAACCUCAAACUCAUUUUCUUUAGGACUUGGGAGAAGACCAGUAUUCCAUGAUUCUAAAACACACAAAACUCUUCACUAUCUGAGGCUGUAGAGGGAAUGUGUGGCAUAAGUUAUUACCUGAAACAAAAUGAGAGAAUCCAUUCAGAUUCCCUUAUAAAUUCCCUACCAAUAAAACCUUAUUAUGAAAUGAACCUCUCUAGGCCCAAGAUAAUGCCCAUUAAUAUUCUGCAAAUGCUAAAAAAGUUCCACACAAGAGGAGAUCCUGUCUAGGAUCACUGGAGUUUCUCUUCAUAAAGCUAUAAUGUGCACAGAACUCUGAGUCUUAUAAAACAAAUGAGUUGUUCAACAGAUUUGCCCCCUAAAUUGGUAUUUGGAAGUCUGUAUUGGACUGAUCUUUGUCUAUCUUCUGUGAACACACCUUGUGAAUGUACAUUCCAGUUACGACAUCCUGGGCAGCCCCUCACGGUCUGAAAGAGUUAACACCCUACCUUACAAGACCAGUUUAUUCCCUCGAAUGGCCAGUUUAUUCCCUCAAAUGGCUUACGCUCAAGCACAAAGGCCCCCAGGGUCAGGACCACACUGGGCUCUGACUCUGUGCCCCUAGGGGAGGGGGCUCACUUUAAAGUGAAAAAAACCCAGCUUCACACUGACAUUUUCCAGUCUUACUAAUUUAUUAAGGAAUCCUCCAUCACCUUCUACAAGGCCGGAAGCAGGGCUCUGUCUCCCAGAAGCAGCUCACGUGACCAAGCACACACUUGUACAUGUUCAGGCCGGGAUAUUGUUAUUACUACUUAUUUAUUAAAGGCUGGCCUGGGACUGGUGUUGUCUCAUUCAGUUGAAGAACAUUCAUCUCCCCUCUUGCCUGCUCUCAAAAUAAAGGCUCAGAGAGCUGUCCAGUGGGCCAGAACCAUCCUUUUGUGUCUAUUUACUGUACUUCACCCUGGGUUUCCUUAUUUUAAGAGCAAGAGUUGUACUCAUAACAAAUAAUCCUUGCCAACUCCAAAGCUGGUAAGUGGCUCUUGUCAGAUCUGUGCUGACCUUCUGAAAAGCAAUCCACUGGUAUAAGCUGACAGGUAGGGCAGGUUCAUUUUGACCUCCUUACCUAGGCAGAGAAAAUUUUCACUCAUCCACGAGAAUGUUCUUUACAUUUUUCUGGGGAUCAUCAAGGUGACAGGUGGUUUGCAAAGCCCAGAAUGAUCAUUAUUUUUCUAAAUCAUAGUUGUUUUUCCAACUCUUAAUUGUUUUUCCUGUUAUUCACAUGGAUUCCUAUUUAACCAAACCUCCCACUUCCACAAGCUAAUAAAAGUGUCAACGCAGAUUGUUACAAAGAACUAUUGUUAUUUACAAGUCUACAUUUUCUGUGAAAUUAAAACAUAAUAAAGUGAAUUUUCAGUGUUGACUUGGUUAUUUAAACUUGAGAUAGUCUUGCCAACCCCUCUGGUGAAAAGAGAUCCCUGCAGAUUAUGGGAAUUAUUCCCUUGUCUUUUCCCAGGACCACACUUAGCACGGUUUGAUCAAGAGGUGUCUUUCAAGUUCGUAAAGGUUUUUAGGGAAGACAAUCACCUUACCUUCCUGAUAAAUACUCUUGUGAGUUCAUGGGUAAGAUUUAUAUUCUGGAUGGAGAGAUUAUUCCAGAUUUCACUUGCUAUUCUCUGGUGGUUGCCAUUUAAGUGCUUACCUGCUCUUGGUGCCAGCAUGCUUUUGCAAUAUUUAUAAGUUAGGUGUCUCUCCAUAGCAUGACACCCACCCCCGCUGACUUCUCUGAAUUGUUGCUCUCCAUGUACGUGCUUGCUCUUGGCUGAAAUGGUAUUUUCUCAGCUUGAUUAGAAACAUACAAGAUCCCAUGUACCCUUAUUGAGAUCUUUGCAUCCUGAUUGUGUGCUUUUAUGCAAGCAGCAAAGCUCAGAAAAUGGAAAUAAACUCUCCUCCAGCAAAGGAAAUCUGCCCCCAUUUUCUUUUCCUGGAUGAACUAUGUUUUGGGGUAACUGGGGUGACUAAGAUGACUCUGACUCUGCACUUCAAGCACCCCAAAGCUGUCCCAUAGUCGUGCUGCACAUUGUCCCUCUAGGAUUCCAUUGUUUUCUGGAACUCCCACACUUGGAAGACCUGAAGCAGAGGUAGUGACAUGUGUCUGUGUGUGUUUCACAAAGAGCAUUUCCCCUAAAUAUUUUUUGCCCAAACAUUGUCAAUGAAAUUUCCCUGUUAUCUACCCUUUGGAUGAGAGAGGGCUGUCCUGCACAUCAUGGCAUCUUUAGAACUAGCCUUGGUCUCUCCACACUAGAUGCCAGAAGCUUCUCCUGCUCCCCAUUUGUGACAACCAAGAGCAUCUGCAGACAUUGCCAGAUGUCCCCAGUGAGGAGGGAAGGUGGCGAGGGGCAAGAGCGGAACUGUUCCCAGUUGAGAACUAUCGAUAUGACACUUUGGGUUAAGUUCUCUGUUAAAAUUCAAGUCACAUACACUCCCGCUAUUUUCAGCUAGGAACACCACACUGGGAGUGUUAGUUUAAUGGGAUUAAUUCUGUGUUAAGGUAUCAGACUAAUGGGGAAGGAAUCUUCUGGAGUGGUUGUAGUCACGGAAACCCUCAGCAGCAUGGGGCAGAAUGAGACAGG